AUGGCUCCUCAUGUGGGGUUUGAUGCGGAACAGAUCAGAGACAAGGCUCGCAAGGACCUCCUCUACCUCCUCGAAGGCGUUCGCGGAAAAAAGAAUCUCAUCAUUGAACGUAGCCUGGCUGGCCCGAUUGGCGUCGUAGUCAAAGUAUCAACCUUGCAAGAUUAUGGCGUCGACAAGUUCUUCUUUCUGGAAAACAACAAUGCCGACACGAGCCAACGCAAUGUUGUUUUUAUGGCACGGGGCGAAUGCGCCCGCCAUGCUCAGUCUAUAGCAGAGCAGAUCAAGCGAUUACAACGCGAAAGCCAGAGCGGUCACGAAUUCCACGUUUUCUGGGUGCCCCGCCGCACUCUGGUGUCCGACAAGCUUCUAGAAGAGGCUGGCGUGCUAGGCGAUGUCAACGUAGCGGAACUGCCGCUGUACUUCUUCCCCUUGGAGCGAGAUGUUCUAUCAUUGGAGCUCGAAAACUCCUUUCAAGACCUCUUUCUGUUCAAGGAUACAACGCCGACAUUUCUUAUGGCGAAAGCGUUGAUGGGCAUUCAGUCAAAACAUGGCCUCUUCCCUCGUGUCAUUGGUAAAGGCGACAAUGCAAAGCGCGUGGCCGAACUCCUCACUAGGAUGCGACAAGAAAUACUGGCCGGAGAGGACGCCAGCGAGGGAACCAGGUCUGGACUGACUCCAAGCAACACUAUAGAAAGUGUCAUCAUAAUUGACCGCGAAGUGGACUUUGUAACGCCUUUGCUUACCCAGCUAACUUACGAAGGACUAAUUGACGAAGUCUGGGGGAUUCAGAAUAAUCAAACCGAUGUUGAUUCUACUAUUGUAGGAGCUCCGCCACAAGCCGCAUCUCAAAGUACAGCAUCGGCUACUCCGCCAGCUGGUGCGACCUCACGCAAGCGCAAAAUCCAACUCGAUUCCUCGGAUAAAUUAUACGAAGGACUCCGCGAUGCCAACUUUGCAAUUGUUGGUACACUACUCAAUAAGGUUGCGCGAAGACUACAGAGCGAUUAUGACAGCCGACACACCUCUAAGACGACUGCUGAACUGAAGGAUUUCGUGAAGAAACUACCUGGGUAUCAAACUGAGCAUCAAAGCUUGAAGGUCCACACGGGGCUUGCCGAAGACAUCAUGAAGCACACGCGAAAAGACCAGUUCAGCCGCAUGCUGGAAGCCCAACAAAAUCUUGCUGCAGGUGCCGAUCCAAGCUCACAAAAUGAUGCUAUCGAAGAGUUGAUUGCAAGGGAUGUACCUCUGCGAGAUAUCCUUAGGCUCCUCUGCAUAUACUCGUGUAUAUCUGGUGGGAUCAAGUCAAAGGACUUUGACCAAUUCAGACGCCUCGUCCUGGAAGGCUAUGGCUACCAGCAUAUUUUGACCUUGCACAAUCUAGAAAAGCUGCAGCUAUUUUUAUCCCGUGCCUCGCCUAUGGCAAGCAUGAUUCCCAUGCCGGGCUCGGGAACGGCAACCGGGUCCAAGACUAAUUACACCUACCUACGAAAACAGCUUCGCCUUAUCGUUGACGAGGUCAAUGAGCACGACCCAAAUGAUAUUGCUUAUGUCUAUAGUGGCUAUGCGCCGCUUUCUAUACGGCUAGUACAGUGCAUACUACAGAAACAAUACCUCCUCUCCAUCACCCGUGGCAGCGGAGCGACGGGCGCUGGCACAGCUUCUAGCAGUGGCGCUCCAGGGUGGCGGGGGUUCGAAGAGGCCAUCAAACAUGUACGAGGCCAGGCAUUUGAUGAACUACAAAAGGGCGAGGAUAAAGCAGUUAAGGCACGUGCCUUGUUGUCCGGAGGGGGUGAUAAGAAGACAGUGUUUGUCGUGUUCGUAGGGGGUAUCACCUUUACCGAGAUCGCGGCGCUACGGUUUAUCGCGAAGAAGGAAGAAGCCCGGAGGAACAUUGUUAUCUGCACGACAUCAAUCAUUAGCGGAAAUAAGAUGAUGGACGCUGCUGUAGAGGGCAACACUUUUAGUCUUAGCCAAACUCAUCAUACGCGAUUCCCGGACGAACUCGUUCAUAUCCAUAUAAUCGAUGCAACCGUACAUCGGUGGCCACCUCGGGAUCUGGGUCUGCUAGCUAUGAGAAGCACUCAGGGAGCCUUGGUGGAGGAGGGUAAUUGCAUCGGGUCAGGACCUCUAAUGAAUUUGGAGGAAUUGGAUCAUCAUCUAGAAUCGAUUCUUGCCUCCUCGGCGGAUAUCACCAAAACUCUGCCUUCCGCCCUCCUUGCGGAUUCUUAUAUUUCUUACAACAACGAAUCAACUACUUCGAGAGACACUCCUAAGACGGAAUCCGAAAUCAUUGUGCGAAUUGACAGCAUGGAUGCCGAUAUACAGAAUACCGUCUCCCUUGUGCCAGUAUCACAACAGGGUUCUACAAUUUCAUUCGAGUCAUCAGCGUCAGCCCUCUCAGAACCAUCAGACUUGACAUCCUCCCAUUCGUCGUCGCCCUCAAGUAAAGCGACGACGCCAGUUGAUAUGGAUGGGGUGAAGGAACUGGCGACAGUACGCUCAGGCAUGACUACAGCCCCUAGAACACCACCGAGAAGGCGAACCUUCGAUGUGCGACCACGUGUGUCUAUCCCAACAGACAUCACUCCUUAUGACUAUGCCAAUCAAUGCAUAGCCGCAGCCGAGUCCUCUAGACUAAAUCCAUAUGGACUACAUCAGGAUGAAUACUUGAUGCUAAGGGACCAUAUUAGUCAUGCUCAGGUGACUACCUACCUGAACAUCCGAAACGGAAUUCUACGACUAUGGCUGAACAACCCACGAAUCGGAGUCUCUCGGGAAGAGGCUCUCGGUUGCGCUAAAGAUACGAAAUGGUUUGAUGCCGCAAGUGUGUGUUAUGAUUGGCUCGUCCGCUCGGGAUAUAUCAAUUUCGGCUGCGCGGAUAUGCCAUCGACGAAGAAAAGGUCGAGAAAAAGCCCGACCAAGAAGGCAAAGACCAUAGUUGUAAUUGGUGCAGGUAUGGCUGGACUUGGAUGUGCGAGACAGUUGGAGACCUUGUUCCAACAGUAUGCUGAACGAUUUCAAGACUCGGAAGAGGAAAUCCCGAAAGUGAUUGUCCUUGAAGGUCGAGGUCGCCUAGGCGGUCGUGUCUACUCACGUGCACUAGAUGGUAGUAGAAGUCAGCAUCUCAUAGGAUUCCAAGGUCGCCGCCACAGUGUUGAGUGUGGCGGCAUGAUUAUCACCGGAUUUGAGCGAGGCAAUCCGUUGAAUGUUCUAGUCAGAGGACAAAUGGCCUUGCCAUAUUACCCCUUACGACCAGACACCACCCUUUACGACUCAAAUGGCAAGGCUGUUGACGAAAGGAGGGAUCGCUUAGUUGAGAAGCUGUACAACGACUGCCUCGAGCGAGUAAGCGACUACAAGUUUAAGAACCCACCGUCCAAACUCAUCGAAGGUAACAAGGAUCUGAUAGACGAAGGUCGGGAUAGCUCGUCGGAAGGUCAGAAGACAAUCGCCCAGAUUGAAGAAGAAAUGGCCGCCCUCCCACAAGCACCACCAAUCUCACAACAAAGCUUAGGGCCUCAAGUCGACCUCGUCCCCGUCUCUACAGAUAGGGCGACUGGCAAAACGCACGCUGAACCGGGAACUCCUGCGGCCAUCAAAGCGGCUUACAAGGCGCGUUUGAUGGGUUGGGCACUUAAAGACCAUGUGACUGAGGACUCUGACUUGGAUCUCGACGCCGCAGCCAACGCCCCCGGUGCCACCCUUGGCUCUGUCAUGGAUGAGGCGAUCACACAGUACAAAGGCAUCGUCGACCUCACUCCUCAAGACUUCAGACUUAUGAACUGGCAUGUAGCCAAUCUUGAAUAUAGCAAUGCCACAAAUUACAACCAACUCAGCAUUGGCGGUUGGGAUAUUGAUGCCGGCAACGAAUGGGAGGGUAAACACACAAUGGUCGUCGGAGGCUAUCAAGCUGUUCCAUGGGGUCUAGCGAAUGCACCAUCGCUGCUAGACGUUCGAAGAAAUACUGAUGUCAAACGAAUAUUCUACGAUCCUGAUGGCUUGAGAGCUGCAUGUGUCGAAUGCGAAAACGGAUUUACUAUUGCUGCCGAUUACGUCGUUUCCACCAUUCCUCUCGGUGUUUUGAAGCAUGGCAAUGUCGAAUUCAACCCCCCUUUACCCGAGUCUAAAACGGGAGCCAUCAGUCGCUUAGGCUAUGGCAUCUUGAACAAAAUCAUACUUGUCUAUUCGGAAGCCUUUUGGGAUACCAGUAAGGAUAUAUUUGGUUGUCUUCGCACACCAACCUCACGCCACAGCACCAAGCAGGCCGAUUACGCCUCUCAGCGUGGGCGCGGAAUUCCAGUUCUCAUCGGUUUGAUGGCGGGAGAUGCCGGCUUUGAUACUGAACAUACUAAGAAUGAUGAGCUUGUUGCCGAAGCUACCGAGGUCCUUCGGGGGGUGUACGGUGCUAAAGUUCCCUAUCCGGUCCAUUCCAUCAUCACACGCUGGGGUUCUGACAAGUUCGCUCGAGGAUCCUAUUCUUCAGCCAGUCCUUCGAUGCGUCCCGAUGAUUACCAAACAAUGGCCAAGCCCGUUGGGAAUCUAUUCUUUGCAGGUGAGCACACAACCGAGACACACCCUGCCACAGUGCAUGGGGCCUACUUAUCUGGGUUGCGCGCCGCUGCGGAAGUGAUAGACACCAUGCUCGGCCCUAUCGAUAUUCCCCACCCGCUUGUGCCGCAGAAAGAAUCCAUGUUCUCCUCUCAAGGCGUGAAGCGAAAGGAGCGUGGCGAUUCAUCAAACUCUGUCUCACCGAAAUCCAGUAAGCAAGCUCGUGUUGAUGCUCACGAGGCUGCAGUCUGGCAGCACAUCGUUGCGCAAAUUGGUGAACGGCCUUGGCAACCUCGCAAAGUUGCAAGCAAUGCCUAUCUCCUGUACAGUAAGGCAUUCUUUGAGAUGGCACGUAAGCGUUGCGAAGAAGGCCGUCGCGCUGGUAAGGGUAAGCCAGCCCCGAAUGAAGUCCGGGUAAUGACGAGCAAAAUGUGGAAGGAAGCAUCAGAGGAAGAACGAAAGCCUUUUGAAGACCAAGCAGCCGAACUGAAGCGGGAUUAUAACGAAUCGCUGAGGGUCUGGGCUGAAAAAACCCAAGAGUGGGAUCAACAAUCUAACGCGCUCAGAAAGGAGUAUGAAGAGAGUCAUAAAACCAUAUCGGAGGACAAGGGAAGCCCUACUAGUAAUCCUUCCAGUGAGGCCAGGAGGGAGAGGAGACGAGCAAAGGUCAGCAACUAUGCUGAAAGUGAAAAAAGUGAUAUCGAACAUGAAGAGUAA